CUGCUCUCAAAUACAAAGAACAAAAAGAGGUUUGAGGAAGUAGUUGCAGAGACUCCAAGACCGACGGCGGUGGAGAAACGAAGAAGCGAAGAAUCGCCUUUCAAUUCAAUUUAUAUGUAAAAGAAAAAAAAAAAAAAAUUAGAGAGAGAGGGAGAAAUGUGGAAUCGAGCGAGUGAUUGAUUGAUUGAUGCUGUAAUAUAAUUAUUAAUUGCGGGCAAGGAUGGUUGGGGAUGUGAACGGAACGACGUCGUCGAUGGCGGAAGCGCAGUACGUGGGGGCGAAGACGUCGGUGUGGUGGGACAUAGAGAACUGCUCGGUGCCGAAGGGGUGCGACCCGAACGCGAUCGCGCAGAACAUAAGCUCGGCGCUCAUGAAGAUGAACUACUGCGGGCCCGUCUCCAUCUCCGCCUACUGCGACACCCACCGCAUCCCCGACUCCAUUCAGCACGCGCUCUCCAGCACCGGCAUCGCCCUCUACCACGUCCCCGCCGGUGUGAAAGAUGCGAGUGACAAGAAGAUUUUAGUCGACAUGCUGUUCUGGGCAGUAGACAACCCUGCUCCCGCGAACUUUAUGCUGAUUUCUGGUGACAGGGAUUUCUCUAGUGCACUCCAUCAGCUGCGCAUGAGGAGGUAUAAUAUUCUUCUAGCACAGCCGCAGAGAGCGUCUGUGCCCCUUAUUGCUGCAGCAAAGACACUAUGGCUUUGGACGAGCCUCUCUGCUGGAGGACCACCGCUUUCGAGUGGUGAGUCAUCACAGUUUACUAACGGUUACCAUACCUCUAAUCAUGAAACAUCACAAUACCCAGUUUCUGAACCCAUUCAGUUAAGCCAACCCAUGACGGCCGGCAUUUCUGAAAACCUUUCUUUUGGAAAUCAAAGACCUCCUAGUGCUGGAAGGGUUGGUGGUGAUAACAAAUACAAAGGGAGCAUAUCAAGAGCCUCACGCAUGCCUGUCAACAAACUAAAGAGACGAUCAAUCUCUCAGGCAUCACAUCCAUCUAAAAGAUAUGCUACCCGAUCAAGUGAGAAACGGAACUUCUCCCCAACCUUAGCGAAACCAUGUGAUACGUGUGGAAAACAGCAUUUUGGAGUAUGUAGGAAGGUAAAACUGGUCUGUUUUAAGUGUGGUAAGUCCGGUCAUUUUCAGAGAAGUUGCCCAAAUAACAACCACCAAGGGGUUGAAGCCGCAAAAGAGCAGAUUUUAGCAAACACAACUGGCCAAGGCAAGGGCGAGAACACUAAUCCAAAGAGUAUUGAUAUUGAGAAAGAAGGUAUAGACGAAGUGACAGCCACACCCACGAGCCCACGACGACGACGACGCCUCACGACCCUCAUAGAGUUACACACAGAGCCACUAGUGCUACUAGUAGUGGAACAGAGUGGCGGCGUGCGGCAAAGGGGGCAACCGGCAUUGGAUAAUUUGGAAAUGAGCUCCAGGGCCAAAGAUAUGGACGGAUCGAUUCACCAAGAAAUCUAUUUGGAGUCUGGACUCACUGUUGAACAGUCCCACCAGUGCUACCAGUAGCGUCAAGCUUGUUGA